UGUAUUCUUCUGACCAGGGGUAGAAGCUCUGGCAAGCAGUUCGUCGGGCGGUGGGAGCAGCAACUUCAAGGAAGAUUUCGGAGUUGGUGUCUUUGAAAACCCACACGGGCUUCAGAGUUUGCGACGUAGGGCUUUUAUGUUGAAUUGGAGGCACAAAGCCUUUUGAUAAGGUUGUCGGAGGGAUAGUACCAUCCCAGAGGAGCCAAAAUGAUGGAAAUGGAAACGCAAGUGUCUUACCACCACGAAACUUACAUGAGUUCGACGGAGGCAUAUAUGACCCAAGAAGAUGAUUGGGACAGAGAUGUAUUGCUCGACCCUGCGUGGGAAAAGCAGCAACGUAAGACUUUCACCGCCUGGUGCAACUCGCAUCUGCGCAAAGCAGGCACACAGAUCGAGACGAUCGAGGAGGAUUUCAGAAAUGGGCUGAAACUUAUGCUUCUGCUGGAGGUGAUCUCAGGCGAACGGCUCCCCAAGCCCGACAAAGGCAAAAUGCGCUUCCAUAAGAUCGCCAAUGUGAAUAAGGCCCUGGACUACAUCUGCAGCAAGGGUGUCAAGCUGGUGUCCAUCGGUGCUGAGGAGAUUGUUGAUGGAAAUGUGAAGAUGACCCUGGGUAUGAUCUGGACCAUCAUUUUGCGUUUCGCCAUCCAGGACAUCUCUGUUGAAGAGACAUCUGCUAAAGAGGGUCUGCUGCUUUGGUGCCAGAGAAAGAGCCCCUACAGGAAUGUCAAUGUGCAGAACUUCCACAUCAGCUGGAAGGAUGGCCUGGCUCUGUGUGCCCUCAUCCACAGACACAGACCUGACCUCAUUGACUACUCCAAACUGCGCAAGGAUGAUCCUAUUGGCAACCUCAACACUGCCUUUGAGGUAGCCGAGAAAUUCCUGGAUAUUCCCAAGAUGCUUGAUGCUGAAGAUAUUGUGAACACACCUAAGCCUGAUGAGAAAGCAAUCAUGACCUAUGUUUCAUGCUUCUACCAUGCCUUUGCUGGAGCUGAGCAGGCUGAGACGGCAGCCAACAGGAUUUGCAAAGUUUUGGCCGUGAACCAGGAGAACGAGAAGUUGAUGGAAGAGUAUGAGAAACUGGCUAGUGAGCUGCUGGAGUGGAUCCGCAGGACCAUCCCCUGGCUGGAGAACCGUGUGGCAGAGCAGACCAUGCACGCCAUGCAGACCAAGCUGGAGGACUUCCGCGACUACCGCCGCGUGCACAAGCCCCCCAAGGUGCAGGAGAAGUGCCAGCUGGAGAUCAACUUCAACACGCUGCAGACCAAGCUACGCCUGAGCAACCGCCCCGCCUUCAUGCCCUCCGAGGGCAAGAUGGUGUCGGAUAUUGCCAACGCCUGGAAGGGUUUGGAGCAGGUGGAGAAGGGCUAUGAGGAGUGGCUGCUGACUGAGAUCCGCCGUCUGGAGAGAGUCGAUCACCUGGCUGAGAAGUUCAAGCAGAAAUGCUCCCUCCAUGAGACAUGGACUUCAGGAAAGGAGGAGUUGCUGGCUAUGAAGGACUAUGAGUCUGCCUCUCUGAUGGAGGUCCGCGCUCUGAUGAGGAAGCACGAGGCCUUUGAGAGCGACCUGGCUGCCCACCAGGACCGGGUGGAGCAGAUCGCUGCCAUUGCCCAGGAGCUGAAUGAGCUGGACUUCUUUGAUUCUGUCACCAUCAAUGCUCGCUGUCAAGCCAUUUGUGACCAGUGGGAUAACCUGGGCACCCUGACUCAGAAGAGAAGAGACUCUCUGGAGCGUGUAGAGAAAUUGUGGGAGACCAUUGACCAGUUGUACCUGGAGUUUGCUAAGAGGGCAGCACCCUUCAACAACUGGAUGGACGGAGCUAUGGAGGAUCUGCAGGACAUGUUUAUUGUGCACAGCAUUGAGGAGAUUCAGAGUUUGAUCACAGCCCACGAUCAGUUCAAGGCUACCCUGCCCGAGGCAGACAAGGAGCGCAUGGCCACCCUGGGAAUCCAAAAUGAGGUCGUGAAGAUUGCCCAGACCUACGGGAUCAAGCUGUUGGCUGAGAACCCCUACACCAGCCUCUCCCUCCAGGACAUCAACAACAAAUGGGAGGCUGUGAAACAGCUGGUGCCAAUGAGAGAUCAGAUGCUGCAGGAGGAGGUUGCCAGGCAGCAGUCUAACGAGAGACUCAGGCGCCAGUUCGCUGCCCAGGCUAACAUAAUUGGACCCUGGAUUCAGACCAAGAUGGAGGAAAUCAGCCAUGUCUCCAUUGACAUUGCUGGCUCUCUGGAGGAACAGAUGAGCAAUCUCAAGCAGUACGAACAGAACAUAGUCAACUACAAAUCUAACAUUGACAAGCUGGAGGGCGACCACCAGCUCAGCCAGGAAGGACUCAUCUUUGACAACAAACACACCAACUACACCAUGGAGCACAUCCGCGUGGGCUGGGAGCAGCUGCUCACCACCAUCGCCCGCACCAUCAACGAGGUGGAGAACCAGAUCCUGACCCGUGACGCCAAGGGCAUCAGCCAGGAGCAGCUCAACGAGUUCAGGGCCUCUUUCAACCACUUCGACAGGAAGAGGAACGGCAUGAUGGACCCAGACGACUUCCGUGCCUGCCUCAUCUCAAUGGGCUACGAUCUGGGUGAGGUUGAGUUUGCCCGCAUCAUGACCCUGGUGGACUCCAACAACACAAGUGUAGUCACGUUCCAGGCCUUCAUUGACUUCAUGACUAGAGAGACAGCUGAGACAGACACAGCUGAACAGGUCAUGGCCUCGUUCAGGAUCCUGGCAUCUGAUAAGACCUACAUCAUGGUGGAUGAGCUCAGACGGGAGCUGCCCCCAGAGCAGGCCGAGUACUGCAUCAGCCGCAUGACCAAGUACAUCGGCAGCGAUGCCCCAGCAGGCGCCCUGGACUACAUCUCCUUCUCCAGCGCCCUGUAUGGAGAGAGCGACUUGUAAAGAGACUCCGCUCUGUGUCAACGAACCCUCCCUUAUUAUAUCCCAAUGCACAAAUCAACUUCAGAAAAAAAGAUGCACUACCACAUAACCUUCUAGGAACAUUUACUACAAAUUGGAGAUUCUAUACUAUCUCUUGAGUAAAAAGACUCAAUUUAUCACUUCUUUGAAUUAAAAAUUCAGUAAUGAUUCAAGACAUAUUCAUUAGGAAGCACUUGUGUUAAAACAAUUUAUUGUGGUGGUGAAGUGCUUUUUUUUUCUCUCUGCUCUGCAAGCUAUCACUUCACUUCUGUAUGUAGUGGUGGAAUGUUUGUCUCAUGUACUGUAUCAAGAAGACUAUGAAGUUUACAUUUUUAAACAGUCCUCUCCAUCUCACAUAUGUGGCUUUAUUCAGGAGAAAAAAUAAAAUCACUUCUACCAUGUU